AUGGCACUGUACAAUUUCAAGAAAAUCAUGGUGGUUCCCACCGCCAAGGAUUUCAUUGACAUCACCUUAUCCAAAACUCAAAGGAAGACACCCACGGUGAUACACAAGCAUUACCAAAUCCACCGCAUCCGACAUUUUUACAUGCGCAAGGUGAAGUUCACGCAACAAAACUACCACGAUCGCCUCACGCAGAUCCUCACCGACUUCCCGAAACUUGACGACAUCCAUCCCUUUUACGCCGACCUGAUGAACGUGCUUUACGACAAAGAUCAUUACAAGCUGGCUUUGGGUCAGAUCAACAUCGCCAAGAAUUUAAUUGACAACGUGGCCAAGGACUACGUGCGCCUGAUGAAAUACGGAGAUUCUCUUUAUAGAUGCAAGCAGCUGAAGCGAGCCGCUUUGGGUCGCAUGUGUACCAUUUUGAAGCGCCAGAAGUCCAGCUUGGAGUACCUGGAGCAAGUGCGUCAACAUCUGUCCCGUCUGCCCUCCAUUGACCCAAACACCAGGACCCUACUUCUGUGCGGGUAUCCUAACGUGGGCAAGUCUAGUUUCAUCAACAAGGUGACGCGAGCAGAUGUGGACGUGCAGCCUUACGCUUUCACCACCAAGUCGCUGUUUGUGGGUCACAUGGAUUACAGAUACCUGCGCUGGCAGGUGGUGGACACCCCCGGGAUCCUGGACCACCCACUGGAAGAGCGCAACACCAUCGAAAUGCAGGCCAUCACGGCUCUGGCCCACCUACGAGCGGCCGUGCUGUACGUCAUGGACACGUCGGAGCAGUGCGGCCACACGCUGCCUCAGCAACUGGAGCUCUUCAACAACAUCCGACCGCUCUUCGCCAACAAGCCGCUCAUCGUUGUGGCCAACAAAUGUGACGUGAAGAAGAUCGCCGAGCUGUCCGAGGAGGAUCAGAAAAUGUUUGCGGACUUGGUUGCGGACGGCAUCUCCGUCAUCGAGACUAGCACGCUGACCGAGGAGGGUGUCAUCCAGGUCAAGAAUGAGGCUUGCGACCGGCUCCUGGCCCACCGUGUGGACAACAAAAUGAAGGGCAAGAAGGUUCACGACGUUCUCAACAGGCUACACCUGGCCAUUCCCACCAAGAGAGACGACAAGGAGAGACCGCCAUUCAUCCCGGAAGGAGCUUUGAUGCGCAAAAGAGCCAUGGAGGUGGAUGCUCCGAAACGCAAACUGGAGAAAGAUCUGGAGAUGGAAAUGGGCGACGACUACAUUCUGGACCUUCAGAAAUACUGGGACCUGAUGAACGAUGACGAGAAGCACGACAAGAUCCCCGAAGUGUGGGAGGGCCACAACAUUGCCGACUACAUCGACCCCGCCAUCAUGAAGAAACUGGAAGACCUGGAGAAAGAAGAGGAGCUGAAGGAACGCGCCGGCGAGUACGACUCGGACGACGAGAGCGAAGACGAGGAGAUGCAGGAGAUCCGUGCCAUGGCCCGGCAGAUCCGCGAGAAGAAGCACCUCAUGAUCUUGAAGUCCAAAGAGAAGGAUGUACACGGACCGCGAAUGCCCAGAACCUCCGCCAAGGUGGAGAGGAAGACGUUGGAGAAAGAGAUGGGCGACCUCGGUUUGGACAUGAGCGACAAAAACGAAAGUCACUACGCCCAGCAGGCCCGUCGCUCUCGCAGCAUCACCAGGAAAAGAAAGCGCGAAGCUUCGCUGGCGGCGCCGUCCGUUUCCAAGACGCGCAGCCAGAGCGCCUCCCGUCCUCCUCGAGACCAGUCCGGAUUACGAGACGCAAAGAUGGUGAAGAAGACCAAGAAGAUGAUGAAGAACUCCCAGAAAGGCAUGAACCGCCAAGGCAAGAAGGGCGAGUCGGACCGUCACGUGUUUGACCUGAAACCCAAACACCUGCUGGCGGGAAAGAGGAAAUCAGGAUCCACCAGUCGCCGUUGA